GAUUCCUUUGGUGAGUUGUUCAUCUCCCACAGUUAUGGCGGUGUCGGGGAGUAGGAAAGAUGGGAAACAAUCCACUUCUUGAUUUGUAUCUUUGUCGUUGGCUUUGAGACGUGUCAUCACUUUUCCCCUCGUUGCAAUAAAUAUUUGUGUUAUUCAUCCAACGAUGGCGGACCGAGGCGCGGACAUGUCGGCGCUACCUAAGGAGGUCAGGGACCAGUUGGCGGAGUUGGAUUUGGAGCUCUCCGAAGGGGACAUCACUCAGAAAGGGUACGAGAAGAAAAGGACCAAGCUCCUGGCUCCAUACAUCAUCCAAACACCAGUGGAGCCUCCUCAGUAUGAAUCUCAGGCUUCAGGUCCCAGCUCCUCUUCUGGCCAUGCCCCUCCUCCUUCCAGCUCCUCUUCUGGCCAUGCCCCUCCUCCUUCCAGCUCCUCUUCUGGCCAUGCCCCUCCUCCUUCCAGCUCCUCUCGCUACCGUCGCUCCCGGCGACCACAUCGCAGUGGCGGAACCAGGGACGACCGCUACCGAUCAGACAUCCAUUCAGAAGCGGUCCAAGCUGCGUUGGCCAAACAUAAAGAGGAGAAGAUGGCCCUGCCCAUGCCCACCAAACGUCGCUCUACCUACGUCCAGUCUCCUAUUGAGGCCCGGACACCCCCAGACUCUUCGUCAGGGUCGGAGGACGAGGCCUCUGUCCGUAGACAGGGGUCUGUGGGGGUGUUGCUUGGUGCCCCCCCAUCCCUGGCCCAGCCCAACCUGCAAAGCCCUGACUCUUGGAUCAACCGCUCUGUCCAGGGCUCCUCCACCUCCUCCUCCUCCGCCUCCUCCACCCUCUCCCAUGGAGAGGGCAAGCCCCAGUCCCAGCCUCAGUCUCACCCCCAGUCCCAGCCUCAGUCUCACCCCCAGGCCCAGGCUCAACCUCAGUAUAAACCACAGUAUCAACCUCAGUACCAGCCCCAGUAUCAACCUCAGUACCAGCCUCAGCCCCAGCCUCAUCCAGCAGCAGUCGCAGAAAUGCUGGCUCACACGCGCAUCGCCCCAUCUGAGAACCGCGGCCCCCCGCCUGAUGUGACGGCCGCGGCCCCCCAGGUCAGGGGCCCCAGGGUAGACCUGCCCAACGCUGUGGUGCGGGGCAUGAGUCGAGGUCAAAGCCGCUCCAGCAUGAUGGAAACUGCCGACGGGGUGCCGGUGAACAGCAGGGUGUCCACUAAGAUCCAGCAGCUGCUCAACACCCUGAAGAGGCCCAAGAGGCCCCCCCUCAGUGAGUUCUUCAUGGACGACACUGAGGAGAUUGUGGAAGUGCCCCAGCCGGACCCUAACACGCCCAGGCCAGAGGGCCGUCAGAUCAUCCCAGUGAAGGGGGAGCCCCUGGGGGUGGUCAGUAACUGGCCCCCGGCCCUUCAGGCCUCCCUGGCACGCUGGGGCUCCACACAGGCAAAGAGCCCCGCUCUUACCGCCCUGGACAUCACGGGCAAACCCCUCUACACACUCACCUACGGGAAGCUGUGGAGUCGCAGUGUGAAGCUUGCCUACACUCUUCUCAACAAGCUGGGUCCCAAGAACGAGCAGGUCCUCAAGCCUGGAGACAGGGUGGCGCUAGUGUACCCUAACAGUGACCCUGGAAUGUUCUGGGUGGCCUUCUAUGGCUGUCUGCUGGCAGAGGUCAUCCCUGUGCCCAUAGAGGUGCCUCUGUCUCGAAAGACCACUGCUACUGGUUGGUCACUUGGGGAUGCUGGAAAUAGUCAGGUGGGCUUCCUACUGGGCAGCUGUGGAGUGGGCCUGGCCCUGACCAGUGAGAUCUGUCUGAAAGGUCUCCCCAAGACACCCACUGGAGAGAUACUGCAGUUCAAAGGCUGGCCACGACUAAAGUGGGUGGUGACAGACUCCAAGUACCUGACCAAACCCUCCAAAGACUGGCAGCCCCACAUUCCUACAGCUAACACUGACCCUGCAUACAUAGAGUACAAGGCCAGUAAGGAGGGCACAGUGAUGGGAGUGGCUGUGUCUAAGGUCGCCAUGCUGACUCACUGCCAAGCACUGACCCAGGCCUGCAACUACUGUGAAGGAGAGACACUGGUGAAUGUUCUGGACUUCAAAAAGGACAUGGGGCUUUGGCACGGUGUUCUCGCGGCUGUGAUGAACAGGAUUCACACCAUCAGUGUGCCCUACGCUGUGAUGAAGGCCUGCCCCCUCUCCUGGGUACAGAGAGUCCACAUUCACAAAGCUCGGGUAGCUCUGGUGAAGUGUCGUGACCUGCACUGGGCUAUGAUGGCCCACCGAGACCAGAGGGACACCAGCCUGGCCUCUUUACGCAUGCUCAUCGUCGCCGAUGGUGCCAACCCCUGGUCGGUGUCGUCGUGUGAUGCCUUCCUGAACGUGUUCCAGUCCCAUGGGCUGAAGCCCGAGGUCAUCUGUCCAUGUGCUGCCUCCCCAGAGGCCAUGACAGUGGCCAUACGCAGACCAGGGGUGCCCGGCGCCCCCCUCCCUGCCCGUGCCAUCCUGUCCAUGGGCGGACUGAGCCACGGCGUCAUCAGGGUCAACACCGAGGACAAGAACUCCGCCCUCACCGUGCAGGACGUGGGUCAUGUGAUGCCUGGAGCUCUGAUGUGUAUAGUGAAGCCGGAGGGGCCUCCUCAGCUGUGUAAGACGGAUGAGAUUGGGGAGAUUGUGAUCAACUCGCGCGCUGGAGGCAACAUGUACUACGGCCUGCCUGGGGUCACCAAGAACACGUUUGAGGUGAUUCCCGUCAAUACCAGUGGUGCUCCUAUAGGAGAGAUCCCAUUUGUGAGGUCUGGACUGCUGGGCUUUGUAGGACCGGGCAGUCUAAUCUUCAUUGUGGGUAAGAACGAGGGGCUGCUGAUGGUGAGUGGGAGGAGACACAACGCUGACGACCUGGUGGCCACAGCCCUGGCCGUGGAGCCUGUGAAGACCGUGUACCGUGGGAGGAUCUCCGUGUUUUCAGCGACAGUGUUCUAUGAUGAGAGGAUAGUCAUUGUGGCAGAGCAGAGGCCGGAUGCCAGUGAGGAGGACAGUUUCCAGUGGAUGAGUCGAGUACUGCAGGCCAUAGACAGCAUCCACCAGGUGGGGCUGUACUGUCUGGCCCUGGUGCCUGCCAACACGCUGCCCAAGACCCCCCUGGGGGGCAUCCACAUCUCCGAGACCAAGCAGAACUUCCUCGAUGGCACCCUGCACCCUUGCAACAUCCUAAUGUGCCCCCACACCUGUGUCACAAACCUGCCCAAACCACGCCAGAAGCAACCAGUGGGAGUAGGUCCAGCCUCCAUAAUGGUGGGUAACCUGGUGGCCGGGAAGAGGAUAGCCCAGGCAGCAGGCAGGGACCUGGGCAUGAUUGAGGACCAGGACCUGGUCAGGAAGCUCUGUAUGUGGCCCACCAUGAUGCACCAGUUCUUGACAGAAGCUCUGCAGUGGAGGGCACAGACGGACCCAGACCAUGUUCUCUAUGUGCUGCUUAAUGCCAAGGGGGUAGCAGUGUGCACAGCCACGAGUGUGCAACUGCACAAGCGGGCAGAGAAGAUAGCAGCCGCGCUGACGGAGAAGGGCAGCAUCAACACAGGAGACAACGUGGUCCUGCUCUACCCUCCUGGAGUUGACCUGAUAGCCUCUUUCUAUGGCUGCCUGUAUGCCGGCUGUGUUCCUGUCACAGUCAGACCUCCUCAUCCCCAGAACCUGGCAGCCACACUGCCCACCGUGCGCAUGAUUAUUGACGUCAGUAAGGCAGCCAGCAUACUGACCACUCAGAACCUAAUGAGGAUCCUGCGCUCGAAAGAGGCUGCAGCCACUGUGAACAUCAAAACCUGGCCCACAAUCAUAGACACAGAUGAUCUCCCACGCCGCCGCCCCUCCCAGAUCUACAAGCCCCCCACAGCAGAGAUGAUAGCCUACCUGGAUUUCAGCGUGUCCACCACGGGCAUGCUCACAGGGGUCAAGAUCUCCCAUGCAGCGGUCAGCGCGUUGUGUCGCUCUAUCAAGCUGCAGUGUGAACUUUACUCCUCUCGCCAAAUAGCCAUCUGCCUGGACCCCUACUGUGGCCUGGGCUUCGUUCUGUGGUGUCUCGCAAGUGUGUACUCGGGCCACCAGUCCAUCCUCAUCCCUCCUUUUGAGCUGGAGACCUGCCUGCCUCUGUGGCUGAGCACGCUCAGUCAGUACCGCAUCAGAGACACCUUCUGCUCCUACUCUGUCAUGGAGCUCUGCACCAAGGGCCUGGGCACGCAGACUGAGAUCCUCAAGGCACGAGGGCUCAGCCUGUCCUGUGUGAGGAGCUGUGUGGUGAUAGCAGAGGAGCGGCCCCGGCUCUCCCUCACACACUCCUUCUCUAAGCUGUUUAAAGAUCUGGGCCUGUCCCCCCGGGCUGUCAGCACGGCCUUCGGGUCCAGGGUCAACUUGGCCAUCUGCCUGCAGGGCACCACUGGGCCAGACCCCUCCACUGUGUUUGUGGACAUGAAGUCCCUGCGCCAUGACAGAGUGAGGCUGGUGGAGAGAGGAGCACCACAGAGUCUCCCUCUAAUGGAGUCUGGCAAAAUCUUGCCAGGCGUCAGGGUGAUCAUUGUGAACCCAGAGACCAGAGGACCUCUCGGAGACUCCCAUCUCGGAGAGAUCUGGGUGAACAGCCCCCACAGUGCCAGUGGCUACUACACCAUCUAUGGGGAGGAGAGCCUGCAAGCAGAUCACUUUAACACCAAGCUCAGUUUUGGAGACCCCCAGACCCUGUGGGCCAGGACGGGCUACCUGGGCUUCGUCAAGAGGACAGAGCUGCUCGACGCUAGCGGGGAUCGUCAUGACGCCCUGUUUGUGGUGGGCUCCUUGGACGAGACAUUGGAGCUUAGGGGACUGCGUUAUCAUCCAAUUGACAUUGAGACCUCAGUGUCUCGGGCUCAUCGCAGCAUUGCUGAGAGUGCGGUGUUCACAUGGACCAACCUUCUGGUGGUGGUGUCGGAGUUGUGUGGUUCAGAGCAAGACGCUUUGGACCUGGUGCCCCUCGUCACCAACGUGGUCCUGGAGGAGCACCACCUCAUUGUGGGUGUGGUGGUCAUUGUGGACCCCGGGGUCAUUCCCAUCAACUCUCGUGGGGAGAAGCAGCGCAUGCACCUGAGGGACUCUUUCUUGGCUGACCAGCUGGACCCCAUUUAUGUGGCAUACAACAUGUGAGGUGGGCCAGGAGUUCAGGGCUGGAGCAUGGGACUUGAGGUCUGGGCUGGAGGAUGGGACCUGAGGUCUGGGCUGGAGGAUGGGACUUGAGGUCUGGGCUGGAGGAUGGGACCUGAGGUCUGGGCUGGAGGAUGGGACCUGAGGUCUGGGCUGGAGGAUGGGACUUGAGGUCUGGGCUGGAGGAUGGGACUUGAGGUCUGGGCUGGAGGAUGGGACCUGAGGUCUGGGCUGGAGGAUGGGACCUGAGGUCUGGGCUGGAGGAUGGGACUUGAGGUCUGGGCUGGUCUGGCCACUGUCCAAGUCAGUGAUGGCUAAAAGCCUCUUGGACCACCCUAUAAACAACACAAGAGUGAAGUUUGGACCUCAUCCCACGUGCCAGUGAGCUGUCCUGUGGUGGGGUCAUCUGUGUGUUGGAUAUCAGAGUCAUUAUGCAUG